UUCAAUGGAGAUUAGCUUGACCCAGUGGUGUAGCAUGACGGUGGCACCGUCCUUCUGCUGAGGAGACUGAAUCCCAUCAGGACAUCAGUGACUUGAAGCGUGGCAGCGAUCUGCGUCCUCGCAGCACUUUGAAACAAGCGUCUCUUUCUGUAUGGUUGCCGGCCAGCAGGUGGGAGGAGAAGCUGGAGGAGACCGGCUUGUUAGAUUUUCUGCUCUGCUCGUUCAUUGCCAUUUCAUCAUGGUGUGUCUAAAGACAACAGAGAGGGUGAACCAGGUGACUUGCCCAUGGGUUGCGAGCAUUUGAGUCCGAGUUGUUUGGUGUCUUAGAACAGAUGAAGCUGUGUAGAUCAGCCAUUACUUGCUCUCCACCGCCUGUAGUGUGUAAUUCAGACCCUGCCGUUGCAUUUUUUGCCAUAAAAAGAUUGCCUCAUUCAUAACAAGUUGAACUGUAAACAACUACGUUGUGCCCUUCCCAGAACCAGCUGUUGAGAUUGUGUGUCUGUGACGUGGAAACACUCCGUCCAUGGCAGCGGAUCCAUGUGGCCUUUUGUUGACAUCCUUAACUGUGGUCAUUUCCUCCCUCCGGUAAACAUGAAAGCAGCAUGGCGGUUUUCAUGUUUGCUCUCCAAUCUCCUUGUUAUUAGUGGAGAACUUUUGGGGAUUAAAGAGGCGCUUGUUUUCCAAAGUGCUGUGUUUGAGUCCCGACUACCCAGCAGCAUGGUGAGAGAUUGGACGAGCACGGUGUCUACCUGGAAAAUGCCUGGAUGGGGGAUGGAAAGAGCAUUGAAAUAGAGAGGGAAGGAGGAGAAGAUGCCGCCCCCAUUUCGCUCUCACCGUGGAUAGAGACGAUCUUCAGAGUUAUCCACCUCAACUAAGCUCCUUUGCUAAGCUGUCUUUUGCCUCUUCCACACGUCUCCCUUCCUCCCUCUCUCCUCCAGACUGUCGCUCCCAUCUAUCGCGGCAUGCCUCGCAGUCUAUCCUCAUCUCCUCCCACGACUGACUCCCGCUACUUUGCGUUUUGCUGAUCCAUCCUAAACCAUGCAGGCCUAAUCCGGACAGAACUCCGUUACACACUUCCAUGCAUGCCUUGCCUGCCCCCUGGUUUAUCGCUCCUUGCUUUUCCUUAAACCUUUGUCAUCUACUGUUCGCUAAGACAAAGCUCGCCUUUUCAAGGUGUUUUUCCCCACAAAGAGAGACUUUCCCUCUGAGCUAAGGAGCAGAUAACCAGGCUCUAGUCUGCUGCCCUCCGUGGUAUGUCCUCCAGAACUUUUAAACUGAGUGGGAAGUAGAGCAGCGCAUUUGCCUUUUCUCACCUCUGCCUCUGUGAAUUAUUUAGCCGGAUUUUACAACACCCUUUGACACAGAAGAUGUUUGUUUUGCCUGAGUUUAAUAGACAGCCACUUAGCUCAGACUAAGAACAGUCGCUGCUUCCACCCUUCACUGUACAUUGUCACUCGCCAAUUUACCAGCAGCUUGUGCGUUCAAUAACCAAUAGCUUGAAAGAAGAAUGGGAGCAACCGGAUUUAAGGCAAAAAUCUGGAUGAUUUUCAAAUUAUUUUGAGGCAUUUACACAUAUUUAAUUGCUGUUCAUUGUAACUGCUAUAAGUAGUGGUGGAAGGGAGGCAAAACAGAAGGGAAAAUUAGAAUAUAAAGCCUUACUUUUAUGAAUAUUAUAUAUUGUGUUUAGAUUGAGGGAACAAUGUUGUGUUUCAGUCGUGUUUUUUUGUUUGUUUUUGUUGUAUUUUGAGUGUAUAAUUGGCGUUGCCAGGUUUGUUCGACACAUCAGGUGUGAGAGCUGAGAGAGCUGGAGUUUUGUUACUGCAGAGACGCGGUGAAACAGAGACUCUGCGGUGAAGUUAAAUAAAAAUGAAGCAGCUUAGAUAAACUCGCGGAAGUGGAGGACAGAGUGUCUCUUUAACAUUGCAUGCUGCAGAAUUCACAGCGAAGCUGCUCUGGUUGGUCACGUGACUCGUUUUGAUUCUGCUGCCUAAAAUAUGAUUCUCAAGUUUAAAAAUUAAAGCAGCUUUGUUCUGAAGCUGCGGAUUCGUUGGAGAUUUCCACAGAACCUGGUGUAGGUAGAUGCGACUUUAUUGAUCAGAAGCAACCAAACAGUGACCAUGUUACAUCAGUGUUCUCCGUUAAAUCAUGAAACAACAGCAGAAAGACAAGGACAGCCAUGGUAUUGAAGGAGGUCUGCAGCCUACACAUGAGCUGGACGUCCGCUCUUGCUCACCCCAACUGAGGUCAGAUGGAGUAAGUGCUCAUGCAUUUUGUGAGGAACGUAGGCAGACCAGGGAGGCAGUUGGCAGUACCUUGACGUCCUGACAGACUUGUUGUGGGCAGAAGUAGAAACAAAUUUGGUAUCAUGACAAACAGGAAGUGACCAGUAACUUUCUCGGAGCCAUGUGGUUAAUCUCAAUUACCUUCCUCUCUAUUGGCUACGGGGACAUGGUACCACACACGUACUGUGGGAAGGGUGUGUGUCUGCUCACAGGGAUUAUGGGAGCUGGUUGCACUGCACUUGUGGUUGCAGUGGUGGCCAGGAAGUUGGAGUUGACCAAGGCUGAGAAGCACGUCCACAACUUUAUGAUGGACACACAACUCUGUAAACGAGUGAAGAACACAGCUGCCAAUGUACUCAGGGAAACAUGGCUCAUCUACAAACACACCAAGCUGGUCAAGAAAAUAGAUCACGCCAAGGUCCGGAAACACCAGCGCAAGUUUCUUCAAGCCAUUCACCAACUGCGCAGCGUGAAGAUGGAGCAGAGGAAGCUCAACGACCAGGCCAACACCUUGGUGGACCUGGCAAAGACCCAGAAUGUGAUGUACGACCUGGUGUCAGAGCUGCAGGAGCGCAGCGAGGAGCUGGACAAGCGAAUCGGCACACUGGAGGACAAGUUGGACUCAGUCACAGGCAGCCUGCAGGCGCUGCCUUGUCUCAUCUCCCAAGCCAUAACCCAGCAGCAGCAGGACUUCCUGGACGGCUUUGUUCACCGCUUCCGUCCUGCCUCGCUAGCCUCCGAGCGCUCCGAGCGUUCGGAGCGCUCCUGGACUUCCACCACUCGGCGGCGGCGCUCCCCCUCCACGGCCCCCCACACGUCGUCUGACAGCGGAUGACCACGGCGGACCCUCCGCUCACCUUCAAGCCGCGCCCUUCCUCUGACCCCUUCAGAGAGCGUCCUUUUCCGUUUUUGGACGGCCGUGUUCCCUUCCCUCCUUCCCGCCCCAUCGCGUCAAAUCCUUCUGUGACUGAUCCGUCUCAGCGCAGGAUCGGAGCUGCUCAAAAAGAACAGAGGCAAACAAAGACUCAAAUCAUGAAACAACACAAGUGCAUCCAAAAAAAGAGAAGAAAAUCUUAACACGACUGAGAUAAAGUAGAGAUAUGGUUUAUGUUUUAGCCAUUGUAUGGCUGUUCAACUUAGCUUUUUUGUAAAAGCCCUUGUACAGUUAACACAGGAGUGAGUUCAGGGUCGAUGGGGUGAGAGCUGGCUAUCACACCGGAAAGUCCUUAACCACGAGGUUGAGCUGUGAAGCUGACGGCCAUGGAGGACGUCCGUCCACCCUUCUGUCCAUCGAUCUAGCGGUCUGGUGAAGAGACUCCAGUCGCAGCGCUAGUGUCAUGGACCUUUCCCACGAGUUAGCUUUAGCAGAGGCGACGAAAGCUGUGACUUCUUGUCGGUGUUUCAAAAUGCACUUAAGGGAAACGCAGAGUGAAAAGAGACGGCGUCACAACUGGGGAGGAAAACUUACACAAUUGCCAACUUCAAGGUUCCUUGUUCUUAACAAGGGAAAUGAGAGUGACUAUCUUUUUUAGUUACAUAUUGACAUGUGAUUUUUCAGUGCCUGAAUGUAUAAAUAGUAGAAGGUUAUUUAAUUACUAAUUUCAGAGCUUUUUUACGAAGAUAACAGUCUGACUACAGCAUUGCAUUCCUUUUUCAGAUACAUUCCUCUCCAAAAAUCUAAAGAAAAUGUCUUAAUGUGAUGCAUAACAUUGACUCCAUCACACUGCGACACUUCUUUUCUAUUCCUACUAACACGGUGAGAGAGAGAGAGAAGCGAGAGUGAGACCAUGAGAGUAUUUUUGUGUGUUUUUGUCAGAGAGUGAAUUCACUUUUAGCUGCAAAUUUUAACACACAACAGUGAAACGUGUCGUCUGCCCGCCUCACUUCCUAAAUCAGAGUCUUCAGACCCAACGCGACCUCAUCGGAGGACGUCGUGUAGAACUGAGAAUCCCACUUUCUUUCGCAUGGUUCUCUGCUGAUAUCAUUUGACCACAGUUUUCCUUGGAUGACUUGAUUUGACAUGUUUGUUUUUUUUUGUUAUGUUUCGCUUUUGUUUGUUUGCUGCCUUUUUUUGUUUGUUUUUCUUCUGUUAUUGUUUUUUACUAGAACAUAGGGCUUUUAGACUUGCAGAAGUAUGUGUUUCUGUAAUGCAUCCAACUUGAGGUGAAUGGAAAACAGAAGAGUCAUGGAAGGAUCCAAAUAAAAGUGCUAAAGAAACUUGGAUGGUUAAAAUGUGGAUUGAAAAUUUUCAUGUCGAGGAGGGUGCUGUCUUUUUAAGCCACGAUCCACUCAGAUCCCCCGCGUCAAUGAGCAACGCGCCUCCCAGUCGUGGGUCACGUGAUGAAAACAAUUCUAGAAUCUCACAUUUCCUUUUUAUUUUUACAUAGUUUUCUAUCACAUGUGGCCUCUUGACAAUAGAGACAAUUUUGAAAUAGAAAAAAAAGUUAAAUUUUACCAUCAAUGGAUUGGAAUAUCCAAGACCAGAACAGUUUCCUGGCUCCACCGAAGAGCCGCCUUCCGGUUGGACACGCCUGUUGUGUUUUGGCACCUUGACGAAAUACAUAGGCUUUGACCUAUUACUCAGCUCUUCCUUCACCAUUACACAGUGGAGAUGCUGCAAUGAUCUGUCAGCCAUGCUCCAUCCUUCCUUCACCUCUGAACAAGAUAGUUGGGUGAAGGAUCUCAGUUCCAAACUGGAGACAUUCCACCCUUUUCUGUCUGAAAACCAGGGUCCAUUAACUCAAGAAUUAUUUCCAUUCGGUCUCAAAAAUGACUCCCAUAAUCCCCUAUCUUUCCAGAUUAGGUGUAAAAUAUUCCCAUUAUCUCUUACUGAUCCUGGUUCAACCUCAUCUAAAUAUGUAGCCACGUUUUCCCAAAGAGACUCAAGGUUAUGAACUUUCUAAAAACGCAUGUGAUGCAUCUUAAAAAUAAAUAUUUUAUACUUUAUUUUUCUUAAUACCAAUGGAAAACUGAGAGAGAGCAUGCUGCCCUUUUAGGACACAAGAGUCCAGGAUGAAUGUUGGAGGCUUCUUAUCGUCGUGACAAUAGAGAAGUGCGACGUACAACCAGUUGCAAAAGACAGAAGGUAACGGAACUUGCUUAAUGAUGUCCCCAAAUAUUCCAAAUACAGAUAUUAAAUAGAAAAAAAACACUUAAUUGUCAAGUAUUUUAUGCUUUUUAUUGGCAACAGUUGAACAUUUAGGCAACACAAAGACACUUACUGUUGCUCCUAUCUAUCUUAUUUUUUAGUACUUGACAUUUCACUCGGCAAUUUUCAAUCCGUUGUUGCAGGAAACCGUCCGAAUUUUAAUGCUAAAAGCAGCAUUUACCAACAAAAUUGGAGCGAUUAACAUUUUUGUCCUUCAGUUUUCACUAAUGGCGCCAAAAACACCCCUUGUUAUGGGCCAUCAUGAAUGAGCAAGUGUUUCGAUUUUGACCCUCCCAACCUUCCAAACCGGUCCAGUUGAGAAACUGUCAUUCUUGGCUGCACCCUCUUCCUCGCCUCUUAAUCUGUGGCCGAUUUUUUUAAACUCCCACUUCGCGUCACCUCGUGAUUCUGGCCUUUUAAGAUCCUCUCUACGCACAAAGAGGCUUCACCAGAGUAGGUUUGAAUGAAUGAAAGCAGGGCAGGAAGAAAGAGAACACCUCAGGUCAUGUCCCAUGAUGCAUCUGUUCUGUAAUGACCUGCUUUAGCAGACAGGUUCAGUCCAUAUAAGGAACUUCCGCUCAUUAUGACAAAGCAACUGUUGGAGUACAACGUGGUCAGAUGAAGCAAGGAUCGACUAACAUCACUCUUGUGUUUCGCUGAGAUUUGCACAAGAAGUUCCUAUUCUCUCCUUGACCUUGACAUUCACAGGAUACAUCCCACUGCUGACACCAUUUUUCAGGGAGAGAGCCUGUCCUAAACUGGACUUCAAUUCUGCCUGACUAUGGGACUGACCAGUACUAAGAUCUCCCUACCAAAUGCACCUCUUGAUGGAGGGACCUUCAUAGUUUUACCUCACUACUAUGAAGCUCUAACACAAGGGUUCAACUGCUCAUAUUCCAAAGGCUUCCAAAACCAUUUGUUGUAGAGACAGAAGAGGAAGCGACUCUUGUUCUGGCCUGGACCUCAGGUCUUACUGGGCAAAGACCUACCAUGACCUACCUGUUUCACCAUAGCGCCCUCAUGCAUUCGCUCACACACAUUAUUCCUGUAUGUCCUGCUUGCACAUCAAACCUAAACCUUAGCUUAGUGGCUAAUAAAUGGUUGAGGCAGCGAGUUUGGUAGCGACAUGCCACUUCACCAUCGCAAUUCAGACUCCAUUUACUACUGAUGGCCAGAUGAGGUGUCGUGAAACAGUAUUGCAGGGUUGAUGAAACAGUGUCUUAAUUUUCAGAGACCACUAGAUGGCACUCUUGGUUUAGAAAUGAUGUGAAGUUUCAUUGAAUUAGUUGUUCAAGUCCAAACAUUUUUGAGCAGACAGUGCCAUCUGGUGGCCACUGAGAAUCAGGACACUGUUUCAUGAAACCUCUUUGAACCAUCACUACCAUUUAUCAAUUUCCCUCCACAUUCUGGUUCGAUAUGGUUGGUCCUGUCUUAUGGGCUUGUGCUUGGUUUUUAGCAGGAAAACCUGCACACGGACUACACGUCCAAAGAUCCUGCUUCUUGGUAUAGCUUGUGUCACGGACUUGUGCAAAUCUGCAGUGGGAAUAUCUUUGCUUCAACUACUUCAUUGGUCAGAUCUUCCAGCUAAAACCACACCAAAAACUUACUUAUUCAGCAUUCACUCUUUGGUUUUUGGCUAUUUUCAAAUGUUCAUUGUUUUUGAUCUGUUUUCUUCAUUUUUUAUUUUCAUUUGUCACCCAAAAAAAGUCGAAUAAUCCGGCACUAAAGAGUUGCAUCCCAUAAUACGUCACCGCCCAGACCAACCUUAGGAACCAUUCUUGACAACAGGGUGAAGCCCGUCUUCUUGUUCCCAAAAACAAAUGUAUCUCAGUCAUUGUUCUGUGUACACUGCCUCAUGAUGCAUAAUGUUCGUAGUAGCACUGGAAUAAAUGGAAAUUUGCUGGAUGGCCAGUGGGGUUUAACAUGUCCUCUGUAUGCUGUUUGCUGUUCCUUCAUUUUGCAGGUGAACUUUGU